AUAAACUCAUUACGUUCAAAUCUUCCUGAUAGACUUUUGUAGGAGAAUUUUCAUAAAACUCAUUGCUAAAAGCUGAAAUACUACAAUUUGGAUUUUUUUAUAUUAAAAAAAGAAUUAAUUAAUAAACAUACCGCUUUUACCGGACUGAUAUUAUCACUUUGAUUGAAAAUGUUUGCGGUACCAGGCUGGUCCGUAUCUGCGGACAGUCUCAAACCCGAGACGACUACAUCAGCUCCAAAAGCAGCCCAGGAUGAAUCUCAGAAGUCAAACAAGCGCAAGAGGCCAUCGUCUACACCUGGAAACGUCACCUCAUCUAAUGUGGCGGAUCUCUGGGAACAGGUCAUCGAAGGGAGGUCGGGGAAGAAGGCCAAACCUGACAAGGACCAGAGCGAUGAAACCCCGGAGGGCAGGCCGAGACAUGGCAAGAAGAUGACUCUCAAGGAAAAGAAAAAACUCAAGAAGUUAAGAGAGAAGGAGGCGAGCCAGAAUGGCGAAGGAGGCGCCGCCGGAACUACUAACGGGAAUGGUGAUAAGCCGUCCGCAAAGUCACCUGAUGCCACGGAGGGCAAGGAGGGAAAGAAGGACAAGAAAAAGAAGUCCAAGGGCGAAAAGGAAAACGCCGGCGACGGCAAGCAAGCUGAUGAGAAAGAGACCAGCAAGGCCGCUCCAGCCGCCGCACCAAAACUAACACCCCUGCAAGCCGCCAUGAGGGAGAAGCUGGUGUCCGCGCGGUUCCGCCACCUCAACGAGACGCUGUACACCAAGCCGUCGGCCGACGCCUUCAAGCUGUUCCAGGAGUCGCCCGAGAUGUUCCAGGAGUACCACGAGGGGUUCCGGCGGCAGGUCGACGUGUGGCCCGAGAACCCGGUGGAGGGGUACAUCCGGGACAUCAAGCUGCGGGGGCGCCAGAAGCCUCCGCAACGGUCCAAGCAUCACGGCCAUUCUUCCGCUCCCGCUCCCGCGGCUAGCGCCUCGGGGGUGACGGCCCUGCCGCGCACGAACGGCGUCUGCACGAUCGCGGACCUGGGCUGCGGGGACGCGAAGCUCGCCGAGGCCCUGCAGCCCGAGAAGAAGAAGCUGCGGCUCGAGGUCCUGAGCUACGACCUGCAGAGCCCGAGCCCGCUGGUGACGCGGGCCGACAUCGCGAACCUGCCGCUCGCCGACGGCGCCGCCGACGUCGCCAUCUUCUGCCUCGCCCUCAUGGGCACCAACUGGCUCGACUUCGUCGAGGAGGCCUACCGCAUCCUGCACUGGAAGGGCGAGCUCUGGGUCGCUGAGAUCAAGAGCCGCUUCGGGCAGGUAGGUGGUGGUGGUGGGAAAGGAAAAGGGAAUAAGGCAGGGACGCCCGUCACUCACAGCGUGGGGAAUAGGAGGAAGAUGCAGGGGAAGAAGGGGAAGGCGAGGGAUGUGGAAGGGCCGGACGGGGAGGAGGACGAGACGGCACUGGCUGUUGAAGUCGAUGGCGCGGAUGACAAGCGCGAAGAGACGGACGUUUCCGCGUUCGUCGAAGCCCUGCGGAAGAGGGGUUUCGUUUUACAAGGCGCGCCGGACUUGAGGAACAAGAUGUUCGUCAAGAUGCACUUCAUCAAAGCGGCGUCGCCGACCGUCGGAAAGGGCGUUGUUGCCCUGAAGGAAUCUACGCGUGGUGCGGGACCUAAGAAGAACGGAGCAGGAGGAGUCAAGUUCAUCGACGCGAAAGGAGAAGACCAGACUACGGUAGAUGAGAGCUCUAUUUUGAAGCCCUGCGUCUAUAAGCUGCGAUGAAAAAAAAGGGGGGGAGGGAGGGGGACGAGCUAAGCUAUUCGUUAUCCUAUCAGACACAUACAUGCUUUUCCCCAUUACACCUACGCACAUCAGGCAGAACCGUAACUUUCUAAUCCCGUAAUACAUAGACCUUGAUUCCGAAGCGCGCCCUUAUUAACUUUACUUUUUAUUUGGCUCCCCGACUUAGGCAAAAAAAAAGAAAAAAAUACACGUCGUUCUCGA